AUGACCGAUGCUCAGGUUGCCGGCGGCCACAAGGCUACCAUCAACAACCCCAACACCUCCGAGGAGGCCAAGGAGAACUCACGCCAGGUUCUCAAGAACGAGUUCAACGGUGGUGAUGUCACUGGCGCCGAGGAAAACAAGGAGAAGAACCCUGGCAAUGUUGCUGGUGGUCUCAAGGCUACCCUGAACAACCCCAGCGUCUCCGACGAGGCUAAGCAGAAUGCCAAGGAGCGUCUUGACAAGGAGGAUUUCUAA